CCCUGGUUGCCACAAGGCAGCGAAAGCCACUGUUUUUUAGAUAUUUGGCUCCAUAUGUAUAACAUGGACAAAGGAACAAUUAAAGUUCUCAUCAGAAGCGAAACCAAUAUCACGUCAAUGGCAGACCACUUCUCGGGGAACAGUGACAACAGGUGGCAGAAUUAUAAGAAGACUAUAGGCAGAAUAAAGAAACCAUUUCAGAUAAUUAUUGAAAUAGAAGAAGGUUCGAAUUUCCCUAGUCACGUGGCUGUGGAUAACCUGCAGCUUAAACAUUGUGUACGAGAAACGUACAUUCCUUGUGAACCAAAUCACUUCCAGUGUGAAAGUGCGUCCUGUAUUGACAGAAACAAGGUGUGUGACAUAUACCGCGACUGUCCAGAAGGGGAAGAUGAAGAACAGUCGUGUGAUGAAAUUCCAAAAGAUGCUCGAUGUACCUUUGAAGAUGGGAUGUGCAACUGGGUUAGUGAGAAAAGGCAAGACAGUGUGUGGACUCUUCACUCUGGUCCUACCCCUGUAGAUCGUACUGGUCCAACUGUUGACAACACCUUCAAAAAUGUAACGGGUAAAUAUAUGUGGGCUAGAUUUCAUCCGAAACGAACCCAACUUGGACACUUGGCUGUAAUGAAUAGCGCCAUCUUUGAACCUCCACCACUCUACCACUAUGCUGUGCAGUCAAACUUUUAUAACACCUGUCAGGUAUGAUAUCUUUUUCAGCACAGGCGUGGACCACAUGGCCACUAAAAAAAAGAGGUAAAUAAAUAAAGUUAAUCAUGUAUUAUUAAUUGUUUAAGAGUAAGAUAAAAUGCAAGAAACAUUUUGUAUAUUUUAUUGGAAAGUAAAAUUCCAAACGAAUCCAAUAUGGCUCAUCGAAAUCCCUAGCUCUUCGCACACUUAGGCCACUAACUGAUAGUAUACGCUGUGUUUUAUAGAGCGUUUGGUGUUGUUUUCAGAUAACUGUCACUUAUAAUCUUUCCUUGCAUACAUUGGCUAAUUUUCUAACCAGUUCCUAUACUUA